AUGGCGUUUUCUGCAGGGUUAAAGCAGUUAACUUUUUGGAUACCCCUGUUACUCUUUAAAAACCAGAAAGUGGGUAUAGUUACAGAAGUGGAAGUUUCCGAACCAUUUCGGGAUGACAAUGUACGAGUAGCUGGGAGUAUUAGUGUGGGGAACCGUACCAAAGCG